AGACUAGGUGAGACAAGAAAUAAAAGAAAGACAGAAAACAAACCAGAUAGUUUGAAGAUAACAAUAACUCACAUCGUGAUCGAACAAUCAGUGUAUGAUCUGAAUUACGUAACUGGCAAACAAAACUUAAUCAAAAAACCUUAAUCAAAUACUGGACGCACAUUGAAACUGGUAUAUCUUAUAACUUAUACCAAAUAUAAAUCUUGCAUGUCUCUCUUCAUCAGUUUAAGUUCAUACACCCAGUAGGAAUCUGCCUCUUCUGUAACUCUUCUGAAUUAUGGAAAAUGAUUAUUAUUUUUAGGUGACACGAGCACAGUAGCGUAACUACCCAACAAAAUAAUCUUAAUUUAAGGAAGAUGAAGUGCUUACCUAUUUCACUGACGGUUUUCGUCUGUGCGAUCCUCUGCGUAUCUGGUCAAAGCCCUAGCCCUAGAGUGACAGUAGCAGAAGGUGAUCUUGUAGGGAAGACUGUUCAGUUCAGUGAGGAUCGGUACAUCAACGUAACCAAAGAUGUCGAUGUGUUUCUGGGUAUUCCAUACGCAAGUCCUCCGACGAGGUUUGCUCCUCCGGAGCCCAUGACGACUUGGGUAGGUGACAGAAAUGCCACGGAGUUCACACCUGCCUGCCAGCAAGCUCCUUCACCAGUGAACUUCCCGGUUUUGUCGGAGGAUUGUCUGUACCUGAACGUCUACACUCCAAGCCCAAAGCCAUCUGGUAUACCCGUCCUUGUGUGGAUACACGGAGGGAGGUUUUCAGCUGGGACAGCAAUGACUUAUGACUUCUACGGAGUUCCUCUUGUAGCCGUCGGUGACGUCAUAGUGGUAACAUUCAACUACCGCUUGGCAAUCUUUGCACAGUUUUCAACUGAGGAUGCUGAAUCUCCUGGCAAUUACGGGAUGUUGGAUCAAGUUGCUGCAUUAAAGUGGAUUUACAACAACAUCGAAGCUUUUGGUGGUGAUAAGGACCAAAUAACUAUCUUUGGAGGAAGCGCGGGAUCAGCGAGUGUCAAUUUUCAUCUUCUUUCAGAACAAAGUAGAGGCCUCUUUAACCAGGCAAUUCUUCAGAGUGGGACAACAUUGUGUCCUUGGGCUUUCAGGCACGAUCCAGCUAGCGAAGUUGAAAAAGCACAGCAACUUGGAAGAGAGAUGGGUUGUGAAGAUGUCUCCACUACCUCUGCUUUGGUUUCUUGUCUAAGAGACAUAGAAGACCCGGUGGCCCUGAGCACAGCCGCAGAUAAGGUUUAUGCAGCGUUUUAUCCCGUCACUAUGGAUGGAACUUUCUUGGAAGAGACACCGACCAAACACUAUGAGAUGGGCAAUUUCGUCAACUUACCCAUGAUGAUAGGUUUCAACAGAGACGAGGGAACCUUGAGGCCAUUCCUCUUCUAUCCACAGUACAUCGGAAGUCCUACACCACCAGAAAUCAACAGAACAACCUUCGAGUACAUCAUCAAGGCUACCAUGAUCAACAAUGGUAGAGAUGAUGAGAUCGUACACGACGCCGUAUUGCAGGAAUAUAUUGAUUGGACAAUUGCUGACGAUCCAGAAAGUGAUUACUUCCAGUCAUGGGUGAAGUUUGGCACCGAUUCAGAAUUUGCCUGUCCUUCUGAUUUUGUCAUGAGAAAACACCAAGAAGCUGGUUCGACUGUUCACAAAUAUUUCAUGACGCAUGCACCAUCCAAGAGUUCAUUCAUGCAUGGAGACAUAUAUCCGAACACACCUUGGUUAGGCGCUGGGCACGCAGAAGAUUUGACAUUUGUGUGGGGCCACCCUUUCAUCGAUGAACUUUAUAACAUCCGCGGACAUAAUAUGACAGACGAAGAAAACGCCCUGUCCGUCAAGUUCAUGCAAUUUUGGACUAACUUUGCCAAAUCAGGUGAUCCCAGCAAGUCAAGCAUUGAUGGAGAAGCAGGAGUAGGAGUCGAUUCAUGGCCCUUGUACACGAUCCCCGAGCUCAAACACAAGGAACUCUCUCUAGAACUGGGCGAAGGCAGAGCUGUGUUGGCGAGACAGUGCCAUUUCUGGAACGAAUAUUUACCCGAUCUGGAGGCAUUUGCAAACACUAUUGACGAGGAUGAGAGAGAAUGGCGGGAGAGCUAUGAUGAUUGGAAGGAUGAAAUGACCGACUGGCAGCAGGCCUUUGAAGAAUACAAACAGCUACCAACGUGCAAUUAAACGACAAUCAUAUUCCAUCAAUUUGAAAAUGGAUAGGAAUUGAGAUUUGUAAAAUAGUUGUGUUUUCAGAUUCAUUUACUACAAAUGAUGAUGUAUUCUGAUUUAUUUUUAUGCAAAAUAAUGUAUUUUUUUUAUUUACUUUGAAAAACACAAACGACCCACGCGUUGAAAGGUAAAAUUCAAUUUACAGUACAGUGUAAUUCUCGAACAAAAGAUUAAGUUAUUUUAAUUAGUAUAAUGGAACAAGGUUGGCUGAUUUAAAUCGUGAUUUAAAUCACCAUGAUUUAAAAAAAAUAAUUGACUUAAAUCACUUCCAUUGAAUGUGUACAAAUGAUUGAUGAUUAUUUGUGUUGUGUUCUUUUACUCAAAUGAAGAAGAUUAAUAUCUACUCAGAGCUGUUGAAAUCAAGUCAAUAAAAUCAAAAUAAUCUUGCUAAGCCAAAAAUAUACAUGUAGUCUACAUAACACAAACAUACACACCCCUACU